UGGUCUCCAUCUCCCGACCUCGCGAUCCGCCCGUCUCGGCCUCCCAAAGUGCUGGGAUUACAGGCUUGAGCCACCGCACCCGGCCGAGUUUUUAGUUUUGAGGAAGCUCAGUGUGUGGACUUUCUCUUUUAGGCAGUGCUUUUGAUGUUCGGUCUGAGGGCUUCCGCCAAGUCCUCACUCUCCAGCACGUCCUCCUGUCUUCCUCUGACCUGCUGAUGUCACCGUGAGGCUUUUCUCUACAUGGUGGAUCGCACUGAUGGAUUUUCAGGCGCGAGCCAGCCUUGCCUUCCCACUUGGCUGCGGUGGUACUUCUUUCUGCAUGUUACUGAAUUCUCUUUGCUCACAUUUUGUUAAGGUCCUGGGUAGAAUUUGCUUUGACUCCCUAUUAAGAGCCUGCCUGGAGAGCUCGCUGCUUCAGGGAGUUGUGAAAAGACUCCAGGAGAGAGCAGGAAAAGUGAUUGGAAGGGUCUGAAAGCAAGGUCUCCAGGAAGAGCCAAAGAAGGGGCGGCGUGGUUUGGAGGGAGGAGGCCAAAUGGGAAAGCAGCCGUCUCGUCUCUCAGUGCGCUUUCAUCUGUCUUCUAAAGCACACCCCGCCGCUUCUCUGUCCUCAUGCUGCCCUGAUGUGAGUGACAUCGGGCGCUUCCUCAGUGCAUUUCACGAGCCGCACGCGGGGCUUGUCCAGGCCGCCCAGCAGCUGCUGUGUGAUGAGCAGGCCCCGCAGAGGCAGAGGCUGCUGGCCGACCUCCUGCACAAUGUCAGCCAGAACAUCGCGGCCGAGACCCGGGCUGAGGACCCACCGUGGUUUGAAGGCUUGGAGUCCCGAUUUCAGAAUAAGUCUGGCUAUCUGAGAUACAGCUGUGAGAGCCGGAUCCGGAGUUACCUGAGAGAGGUGAGCUCCUACCCCUCCUUGGUGGGUGCGGAGGCUCAGGAGGAAUUCCUUCGGGUCCUCAGCUCCAUGUGCCAGAAGCUCCGGUCUGUGCAGUACAAUGGCAGCUACUUCGACAGAGGAGCCAAGGGCGGCGGCCGUCUCUGUACACCGGAAGGCUGGUUCUCCUGCCAGGGUCCCUUUGACAUGGACAGCUGCUUAUCAAGACACUCCAUCAACCCCUACAGUAACAGAGAGAGCAGGAUCCUCUUCAGCACCUGGAACCUGGAUCACAUAAUAGAAAAGAAACGCACCGUCAUUCCUACACUGGUGGAAGCAAUUAAGGAACAAGACGGAAGAGAAGUGGACUGGGAGUAUUUUUAUGGCCUGCUGUUUACCUCAGAGAAUCUAAAACUAGUGCACAUUGUCUGCCAUAAGAAAACCAUCCACAAGCUCAACUGUGACCCGAACAGAAUCUACAAACCCCAGCCAAGGUUGAAGCGGAAGCGGCCUGUGCGGAAACGCUAGUGACAUGUACACACCACGUUCUGGUCUUGGUUCGAGGCCUGACAUGGGCGUCAUUUUAACAGGUGCCUUUUUUUUUUUUGGUCACUCCAGUAGUCCUGGAAAAAACCUUAAAACAUGUUUCCUGCAAAUCUGAUUUCAGUACAUUUCUGAAUUGUGGUUUUUUUUUGUUUUGUUUUGUAGACAGAGUUUCAUUUUUUUUCUCUUUUGAGAUGGAGUCUCACUCUGUUGCCCAGGCUGGAGUGCAGUGGCGCGGUCUCGGCUC